UCCGGCAGGCCUUGGGCGGCUGGGGCUAGCGACCCUGCCUGGCGUCGGGCCGGAGAGCAGCAGCCCGGGUGGAGGGCGAUGACAGGAGCCGGACUCAGGUGAUGAGCCCCCCGACCCUGCAGAGGGGCGCCCCCAGGAGAUGGCCGCCAAGCUGCUCCCCAACCUGUUCCCUUUCCUGUGUGGCUGCGUCGUGGGCUUCUUCCUUUGCUAUCAGCUCCUGCACAUCCUCCUGGAGAAGCCGGCCGAGACCCAACCUCACAUUCUCCAUAAUGAUCCGCACGCCAGGCACUCGGAGGACGCCGGCCACGGGCACCUCGAAGGCCAGAUGGACUUCGGUGCAGACAUCGUACAGCACAGAGAUGAGGACAAGAGCGUGGCCGAGGAGCUCUACCGCAAGGUCAGGGUUCUCUGCUGGGUCAUGACGGGGCCUCAGAACCUCGAGAAGAAGGCAAGACACGUCAAGGCCACGUGGGGCCAGCGCUGCAAUAAGAUCCUGUUCAUGAGCUCGGAGGAGAACAAAGACUUCCCCACCGUGGGUCUGGACGCCCGCGAGGGCCGCGACCAGCUCUACUGGAAGACCAUCAAGGCCUUCCAGUACGUGUACGAGCACCACCCGGAUGACGCCGACUGGUUCAUGAAGGCCGACGACGACACCUACGUGGUCCUGGACAAUCUCCGCUGGCUACUGUCCCGGCACGACCCUGCCAAGCCUAUCUACUUCGGGCGACGCUUCAAGCCCUACGUGAAGCAGGGCUACAUGAGCGGGGGCGCCGGCUACGUGCUCAGCAAGGAGGCCCUGCGGAGGUUUGUGGAGGCCUUCAGGACCAACAAGUGUUCGCACAGCUCCUCCGUGGAGGACCUGGCACUCGGCAAGUGCAUGGAGGCCAUCGGCGUGGAGGCUGGAGACUCGCGGGACCCCAGCGGCAAGGAGACCUUCCACCCCUUUGUGCCCGAACACCACCUCAUCAGGGGCUACCUGCCCAAGACCUUCUGGUACUGGAACUAUAACUACUACCCGCCUGUCGAGGGCCCAGGUUGCUGUUCAGACCUCGCAGUUUCCUUCCACUAUGUUGACUCUACCACUAUGUAUCAGCUGGAGUACCUCGUGCAUCACCUGCGUCCCUAUGGUUAUUCCUACAGAUAUCAGCCUGUCUUUCCCGAGGUGCCAGCCAAGCAAACAAGCGAGGCCAACAAAAAAGAAGACCCCCCCAGAGAAAUUAGGAAACCAGUAAAGAGGGAACCCUCCUGAGCCAAAGGAGGCAGGAUGAGGGGGGCCCUGUGCCCCAGCAGCCGUGCAGGGAUGAGAGCUCUUUGGACACUGGGAGCCUGCCGAGGAAUCAGUUUGAAAUGGGUGUGCCACCUUCUGUAGGAAGCAGGGAUAGCAGCUGUGAAGUGUGCCAGGCUGUUGGUACAGGGAUGGAUGGAUGGAUGGAUGG